CAAUGGGGAAUAUAACUGCUAAAAUUACGAAAAGAGCUAUGAGGCCCUUUAAGAAUUUUGCUGUGGAAGCGCGUACCGAAAGAGUGUUGGCAAAGGAAAAGCCAAUAUCGGCUCCAUGGCACCCUACCACACAGAAGAGAAUUGACGAAAUCAUGAAAAAUAAUCCACAUUUGAUGGAGGAACAAUCCAACAAUAAAGAUGAGACCUUAAACAGUCGCCUGAAAGAAGUUUAUGUAACUUCACAUGACAAACCAGAAAUACCUAUAAGCACAGAAAAGCCCCUUCCAUCACACAGAAAAAGUGUUGAACAAGCAGAAUUUGGUUACCAAGAACCUGUCAGAGUAACAAGAGGGAAAUUGAGUAUUCGCCAAGCACUAGUGCUUAUCGGGAGACAUCAACAGGAUCCUGCUAAAUAUGAUGCUCUGGCAUUGGCAAAGGAAUUCACCAUUCACCCGAUAGUGUCAGGAAACAUUUUAAAACACUUUAAAACUUUUGAAUACUACAAGCCACCAAAAGUCAAAACUGCAAUAGAGGUCAAAGAUUAUAUAGAUUUGAAAUCUUUACCAGCAGCAAAUGAAACAGCAGUCCAACCCCAAAUAGAAGACCAUAAAAUUAAGAGCUGAUUUAAAAUGAAUGUACUUAAUUGUAGGGAAAAAGAAAAACCAUUUCAAUAAAGUAUAAAACAUA